AUGAUUGAUUUAGCAAGUUAUCUUUCAGCCAUUGGUGCAUUAAAAGUCAUUUCACCUUCACUUGUUUGGUUUCAUUUUGCACCCUUUCACUUAAUGAUGGUGGUUGAAAAGGCAUUAAAAAGAACAACAUAUGAAAAUAUUCCAAAGGACAUGGGAAAUAAAAGAUUUAGAAAUCUUAAAGUUUCUUUAUAUGCUCGUAUUUAUGAUAAGACCAUGGAAUUCAAGGAUCUAGAAGUAGAAAUUGCUGAGUCUAGGGAUCAUAGACCACAGUGA